GGAGAGCCAGGCACCGUACAUUCCACCAUCACACUCUCGAUACGUUGUGGUGCCAUUACGUUCCAUUCCCCAGUUCAUUCAUUCUUCGACUUGAUCAUCGUCGUCGUCGUGCAACUAUGGGUCGAGCGACGACGUCCGUUUGUCUGUUUCUUGCUUGGAAAGUGGCCGACGCGCUCGAUCAAAACGACCCAACGCUGCCAACCAAGUCGGGCGUCAAGAUGUGGGUCGACGUCGAGACUCCGGACGAGUUUCACACAAUGACGAGUUCUCGGGGCGAUCCGUGGGACUUGGUCAUGAGCGACGAGUUCAACUUGGCCGGCCGCAACUUUACGGCCGGCCAUGACCAUCUCUGGGUCGCCCUUGACAUUCCCGAUGGCGUCAACCGCGCUGUGGGCGUCUACACCCCCGAGAAUGCGCUCACGGUCAAUGGCACGUUUCAGAUCCGCGUCGACGCGACUGAGACCAACGUCACGUACUACAACGUGUGGUCAGAUGCACCGUCAUGGACGACCAAGACAAUGUACUAUCGCGCGGCCAUGAUGCAAACGUGGAACAAGUUUUGUAUCCAAGGCGGGUUUGUCGAGAUUUCAGCCAAGAUGCCUGGUGCGACCCGUGCGUCGAUGAACCCCCAUAUCACGGGGAAGCGCUGGGACGGCAACCUCCAACGCGAUAUGCCCGUGCAGUUCCUCGACCGCAUCCCCGAUAUCAAGUUUUACCCGACGUGGCCGGGUCUCUGGAUGAUGGGCAACCUCGGUCGCGCGCUCUUUGCGGCAUCGACCAACCGCAUGUGGCCAUGGACCUACAGCGAGUGCGACGAGCGCUACGAUUCGUCUCAGCGCAUUAGCGCCUGCAACCCCAACCCCGGCUACGGCUUGCACCCGAACAUGGGCCGCGGGUCCCCCGAGAUCGACAUUCUCGAAGGCGGCGGCAGUGACAUCUCGUCGUCUCUUCAAAUCGCGCCGGGCAUGCCAGACGAGUACCGGUUGGAGUUUAUCAAAGCCCACAUCACCAACUAUACGGAUCCCAACAAUCCCGACAUUGCCGUUGCCGGCCGCGCAUCCUGCAACACCAACGACGACUGUACAGCCGUCGCUAGCGUCACCGGCUCAUGUGUUGAGAAUCGGUGCCAGUGCGUCGGUGUCUGGACGGGCCCCCGAUGCACCAAGUACGAUCUGGACACAGUAUCAUAUGGGCCGUCGGUGGGUGUCAUUGGCGGCGUCUGUGGGUUCGCAGUCGUUGGUUCCGCUUUGACCUUGAUUCUACGCCUUCGUCGCCACCACGCAGUUCGCCAAUACCACGAAGCAGAAGCACGGCGCGAGAAGCGCAGCUCGUGCUUGGUCGCCGACCCCGACGUCGUUCGCGAUCCUACGUCCUAGUCGUCGUCAGGCUACUUCUAGAACCGCUUUAUGAACGUCACGCAAUUAGUCCUUGAUUCGUGUUGUUAUAAAGGUGUAAAUCUAAGUAAUC